AGGGGUCAGCGGCACGUGUCCAGCGUCACCAUCUUCCUGAAGAACCUGGCAGCGGCCGACUUCCUCAUCAGCCUCUGCCUCCCUUUGCGAAUUAUGAAGUACGCCAACAUUAAGUCUGAGAUCAUCCGCAAGGUCUACUGCAACUUCGGCGCCUCCGCCUUCUACCUGAACAUGUACGCCAGCAUUAUGUUCAUGGGCUUCAUCGCCGCUAACAGGUACCCCGGAGUCCAAAAAUACAACCCUAACCUGAUCCUGGGCGGGGCGGUGCUCACCAGGUGGAUGCCUUACGCCUACACAUCCAAGACCAACAGCUGUUCGUGGAGCCAGGUCUUCUUCUACGUGAAGGAAAUGGCGGUCUUUGUGUCAGUUCUCAACGUUUGCCUGGACCCGCUCAUCUACUUCAUCUUCUGCAAGGCCUUCCGGGCCAGGUUGAGCCUCAGGAAUGCGCUCGCCACUACAGAGGUGUCAACGGUCGCAGCGAACGCAGACAGGAGGAGCAGCGAUACGCAGAGCUCCAUCAAAAGGAAGAUAUCGCUCACCCCAACGACAAGGACCAGCGUGCUGUAG